GGAGGCUUUGCAAUGGCAGCAUACAGACAAGAAGCGACACUUGGGACUGAUGCAUCUGAUUUGAGUUCUAACUGUAUUGAGCAGACAACGGAAUGGAGUGAAUGUUCCACGAGUUGCGGAAUGGGCUUCUCCACUCGGGUCACCAACAAGAAUUCGAUGUGUGAGAUGGUGAAGCAGACCAGACUCUGUGAGGUGCGGCCAUGUCCAAAUGGUCAACGGUCUGAUAAGCAGGCAAAAAGGUGUGUCUGGACCAAGAAGUCUCUAAGAGCCAUCCAUUUGGAGUACAAUAACUGCACCAGCAUCCAGACGUAUAAGCCCCGUUAUUGUGGCAUCUGCAACGACGGGCGCUGUUGCACCCCUCACACCACAAAAACCAUCCAGGUUGAGUUCCACUGUCCUCAAGGCAACAUUAUCAAGCAUCCUGUGAUGUCCAUCAUGACCUGUGUAUGUCAUGGCAACUGUCCUCAAGAUAACAAUGCUUUCUAUAGAAAGCUCAGUUGAAUUAAAGAUAUGAAAUCGACAACUAUUUCAAAGGGGGUAAAUAUUUAAUAUGUAAAAAGUUUCUUAAAAGCGAACAUGUGAAU